CACUUUGCAUAGGCUGCCGCCACCAAACCCUCAAUUCUUCUCUUUUGUUUCAUUAAAUUUAUAUAAAAAACCAAAACUUUUCAGAAAACUCUUGAUUGCUGAUGACAGGGGGCUUAUUGUUCAUAAUAUUUGAUAGAUUUUAUUUUGUGUGUUUGAAUUCUCUGUCGCUAAAACUAGUUAUUCUGUUGUUUGGGUUUAUGUGAUAAUUUUUGAGUGAUGCCAGCUAUUAUCCCUAUCGAAUUCUAGUCAUAAAUCAUAAGUUUAAAAAAAAUAUUGAUAUUUUGCUUUUAUUCUCAUUUCAAAAAUAAGGGGGAUAAAAACAAAAAAAGGAAAAAAAUGGAGUGGAAAUUAAUUCUUCAAACAAAAUAAAUUUAUCAGUUUUGUUAAUGGAGAUUUAACAUUAUGCCGAAUGCUCAAAGAAGAAACUCCAAAGUGCAUCAUCAUCAAAUUCAAAUCCCUUACUACUGGUAAGCGAAACGAUCAACUAUUUGAUGGCUUGGAAUAAUCCAGAUUUACCAGAAGGUACACUGCGUAACCUAAUGGAACAGGACACACUCAAAUGGGUAUUCGUAGGCGGUAAAGGUGGUGUUGGGAAAACGACGUGCAGUUCUGUUUUAGGGAUCCUUCUUUCUCAGGUCAGAUCUUCUGUUCUAAUAAUAUCAACCGAUCCAGCUCACAAUCUAAGCGAUGCAUUUCAACAGCGUUUCGCUAAAACCCCUACCGUCGUUAAUGGCUUCACCAAUUUGUACGCCAUGGAAGUUGAUCCAACUAUAGAGAAUGAAGACGGUGGUUCAGAAGGAGUGGACGGUUUCUUCUCGGAUUUGGCGAAUGCAGUUCCAGGAAUUGAUGAAGCUAUGAGUUUUGCUGAGAUGCUAAAAUUGGUGAGAACAAUGGAUUACUCUGUAAUAGUGUUUGAUACAGCGCCAACGGGACAUACUCUCCGGUUGCUACAGUUCCCAUCAACACUAGAGAAGGGGCUUGCAAAAAUAAUGAGUUUGAAGAGCAAAUUUGGUGGGGUUCUAAGUCAGAUGACUCGUAUCUUUGGUGUUGACGAUGAAUUUGGUGAGGAUGCAAUUCUAGGCAAGCUGGAAGCCAUGAGAGAUAUUAUUAAACAUGUGAACAGACAAUUUAAGGAUCCCGACAUGACGACAUUUGUUUGUGUUUGCAUUCCGGAAUUCCUCUCUCUAUAUGAGACUGAAAGACUCGUUCAGGAACUCACUAGGUUUGAGAUUGAUACACACAACAUUAUAAUUAACCAAGUGCUCUAUGAUGUAGAAGUUGUUGAAUCCCAGUUGCUGAAGGCUAGGAUGAGGAUGCAACAAAAAUACUUGGAUCAGUUCUACGCAUUAUAUGACGACUUCAAUAUUACCAAGCUACCUUUGCUACCACAAGAGGUUUGUGGUGUUGAAGCUCUGAAAGAAUUCAAGUAUCGUUUUCUAACACCAUAUCGACCUACUCGUGCGCGAUGUUCAGCGGAAGAGUUGGAGAGAGGAAUAGCCAAACUGAAAGAACAGUUGAAAGAUGCUGAAGCAGACUAUGAAAAAAUUAGGAAAGGAAAAAAUCAGGUUUAAUCUAGAAAGACUUUUCAAAUGUUAGGGAGAUAGUGUCAUUGAACAAAUUAUUGUGUUCUUCGAGAGGAUCAGCAUGUAUAAUUGUUUCAUUCAUUGAUAGGAAAGUUCUUUUGUGCCUUCCAAGAGGACAAUAAA